UGAGUAACUCUGAUUCUCUUACCCGAAAAAUUGAAAAAUCCCUCACAAAACCCAUCCAAACCCGACCCAUAAACCCGUCGAUGCUCACUCCAUGGCUCUGCCGUCCGAGCCUCAUCGCCGCCGUAGCAACCAAUUCUCCGCCUUCCUUCAAUCCACCACUUCCAACUUCGUGUCUCUCUUCAACCUACCAAACCCUCCACCUUUAACGUUUCCACAACCACAACUACCCUCCGCAAUCUCUCUCCCUCUCUUCUUCGAGCCGCCGCUCUCCGCCUCAACCCUCGACUCCGCCGCCGAGUCAACUCGCCCCGCCGCCAAAUCGGUGAGGGUCGCGAGGCUCAAUUCACAUGGCAAGGGUGGUGGGCCUGCCUUCGUGGGUCAGGUCUUCAGCAUGUGCGACCUCUCCGGAACAGGCCUCAUGGCCGUUUCCACCCACUUUGACAUACCCUUCAUCUCCAAAAGAACCCCUGAGUGGCUGAAAAAAAUAUUUGCAGCAAUCACCAAGAGUGAGAGGAAUGGUCCUGUAUUUCGCUUUUUUAUUGAUCUAGGAGAUGCAGUUUCAUAUGUCAAAAAGCUGAAUAUUCCAAGUGGUGUGGUGGGUGCCUGUCGUCUUGAUCUAGCAUAUGAACAUUUCAAGGAAAAACCUCACUUGUUCCAAUUUGUUCCUAAUGAGAAGCAGGUUAAGGCAGCCAAUAAACUUCUGAAGACAAUCCCACAGAAUGGUGUCAGGAAAAAGGUUGAUGGGGUGCCAGUGUUUAGUGCAGAGAAUUUGGAUAUUGCAAUAGCAACUACAGAUGGGAUUAAAUGGUAUACUCCCUACUUCUUUGAUAAGAACAUGCUUGAUAACAUUCUUGAAGAAGCUGUUGAUCAACAUUUCCAUACUUUAAUCCAAACUCGACACAUGCAGCGGCGGCGGGAUGUGGUUGAUGACAACUUGGCAGCAGAAGUGAUUGAGGAAAUGGGAGAUAGUUUAGGGGAGCCUCCAGAGGUUCAGGAAGUGCUAGACGAAAUGGGCCAUCCUAGUAUACCUCUCAGUGUUAUUUCAAAAGCUGCAGAGCUCCAGUUACAUUAUACUGUUGACAAAGUACUCCUGGGUAAUAGGUGGUUACGGAAAGCAACAGGCAUACAACCAAAAUUUCCAUAUAUGGUUGACUCGUUUGAGAGAAGAAGUGAAGCUUCUUUUCUGAGAGUUAGAGAGUCAAGUAGCUGCCUUGGUAGCUCUAAAGUGGAAGAUGAUAGGAAACAUUCUGAAUGCAUAGACUAUUCUGAUAACAAUUUGGAUGAUAAUACUGAAGGAAUCAAAGACCCUCGUCCCAAAUUAAGGCUACCUCUUGGUGAAUGGUUUCAUCACCAAUGGCCAAAACAGUGGCAUGAAAAAGUAGGCUUAUCAAGAAAAGGUGUAAAUAAAGACGAUUUGAAACCAAAUCCAUUGCUUCCAAAAGUUACAAUGGUUGGUCUCUCAACAGAGGAAGCAGGCCAGAUGAGCAAAGCUAGUUUAAAAAAGACAAUGGAGGAUUUGACAAGAGAGUUGGAGAAGACAGAGCUUGAUAAUAUGACUGGCGGUGGUAGUAAUGAGUGCAAAUUAGAAGAUAGGGAUCCAUUAUUUGUAGCAAAUGUGGGUGAUUACUAUUCUAGUGUGGGAAGAACAGGAUCUGCUCGGUGGAUAAAAGGAGGAUCCAACUAAA